GGGAGGGUGGGAGGGGGAGAAGAAGGAAAAAAAACUCAAUUGACAAGUUCUCACAACUGGUAGAAAACAAAAGGCGUUGGUGGUCUGGGACUUUCUCUGGUACACACACACACACACACACACACACACACACAGAUAGACUCACUCCCUGCACAGCAAGAGGGGGACAAAGAAUGAGUUUGCUUUCUGCAAUCGAUACCAACGCCUCGGUUUAUCAGCCGGCGCAACUGUUGAACUGGGUCUAUCUGUCUCUACAAGACGCCCACCAACCCAGCGCCUUCGAUGCCUUCCGACCGGAGCCGGCCUCUCAUCACCAAGACCUCAACUAUGCUAAAGCGGCCGAUCUGGGAUCUUCGCUGUGUUCCAACUAUCUCAACAACUUUUCCCAACUGCACAGGAACGAGCCCAUCAGCAGUGGAUUGUACAAGAAUGCUUCCCCCUACGGUUCUCUGAGUAACAUCGUGGACGGUCUCAGCUCCCUGACGGACCACUUCUCGGACCUAUCCCUAUCGGUGGAACCUCGUAAGCCGGGCAAGAGGCCUCCCCCCAACUACUUAUGCCACCUCUGCUUCAACAAAGGACAUUACAUCAAGGACUGCCCCCAGGCUCGACCCAAAGGAGAAGGGCUGACCCCCUACCAGGGGAAGAAGCGCUGCUUCGGUGAAUACAAGUGCCCCAAGUGCAAGCGGAAAUGGAUGAGUGGGAACUCCUGGGCCAACAUGGGGCAAGAGUGCAUCAAGUGCCACAUUAAUGUUUACCCCCACAAGCAGAGACCCCUGGAGAAACCUGAUGGGCUGGACGUGUCGGAUCAGAGCAAGGAACAUCCUCAGCACCUGUGCGAGAAGUGCAAGGUGCUGGGCUACUACUGCCGCAGGGUGCAGUGAGUGGUGGGCCCCACCCCACUCUCCAUCCCUCUCCCCAACACCUGACAGCCCACAGACCACACUCAGCUGAAGAAGAAACGAAUCCACCAAAACCCUGCUCUAAACAGACAACUAACAAGCCUUAAAGUUGGUAGAAUGUGACUUGCCUGUGUAUGUGUAUAUUUCCAGCUUGUAUUUAUACUAUUUUUAACUACCAGAAACAGUAUUACCAAUGGCAGUUGAAUGCAGCACCUUACAUAGUGUGUUGCCCAUUAUUUGUUUACAAAGACUCUGUACCAUGAACAAAUGUAAAAGGGGCGAUUUUACCAGGCUGAUACUUUAAACCAGUUAAACUAAUGGUUAAGCCAACAGCAGUUUGUUGUGAAAUGCCAGAUGAGGAGCAAACCUUCGCCCAGCCUCUCGCGGCCUUUGUUUUCAGAAAGUAAGCGGGUGAGCAUCAGUAUUAGAAAUAUGGUAAUUGGCAAGUGAUGACUGACAAUACGUGUCUGGUAUUGUAGAGGGUGGGGACGAAAUAGGGACUCGAGCAUAGAGAAUCACCGUUAACCCUUUAGGCUACUGAUGAAUAUUUCUGUUCUGGACAGAACUUUCAGGCUCCCACCUAACAAAUUGGAGUGUCCAGCAAAUUAAAAUGUUGAGAUAGUCUUGUUUAUAUUCUGUCAGUGAUUUUACCAUCGAACACCAAGUGCCUUUAACUCAUUUUUUAAGUAAAUUUUAAUUGUUUUUUUCUUCUUCCUGUCAUUUUAAAAGUCAGUUUUUACAUUUGUUGGCAUCAUGUAUUUGGCACCAGGUCUUAUUCGCCUUUACCAUAUAACCAUAUAACAAUUACAGCACGGAAACAGGCCAUCUCGGCCCUACAAGUCCGUGCCGAACACUUAUUUUCCCCUAGUCCCAUCUACCUGCACUCAGACCAUAACCCUCCAUUCCUUUCCCAUCCUUUCUUCUAUUGUUGCUCUAGGGUUGGCUGUUGGGUCCUCUUGAAUGAUGUGGUUGGUGCCUCUAGGUGUUGGCUGUCUAUGUAUGGGGUGGGAGGGAGUAGAAGAGAGGGGGUCAGUCUGCGUUGUCCGUUGAGCCAUAUCCUCUCAGUCAGCUGGUUCACCUCUCCCUGGUUGAAUGUGUUAGGUUAGGAAUCUCCCACUUGGUGACACACUCUUCUCCCUUCAAUCCUCGCCACCACUACAUACCAUGCACACAAGUUCUAUCCCAAUGCUAAGAUAUUUCACAUCCAUCGGAGUAACCCAAACUUUGGUGAACAAAAUGUGGGACCCUGCAAACCUCUUGAAGCCCAACAUUAAUGCAUGGUUUUGCAAUAUGAAGGAUCACUGAUGGUCAAUCAGAUAACCUCCCUGAAGAUGAGCUUCUGCCCACAUCUGCAGAGAGAUGCAGGUUUAUUUCAUAGGAUGUGGAAUUUAAAAGAAUUGUUUCAUAGUUCAAGUCAGAGAGGUGGAUUUCUGUGUUGGGUACUUUCUUAAAAAGUUGUCCAAAAAAGUCAAUAAUCUGUACAUAGCAAUUGGCCAAUAAUUUACCUAAAGUGUUAAGCUGUGACAUUAAAGAGAUUUACCAUGGUGCACUAAGUGGCUUAUCACCAGAAAGGCAAUUUGUUGCUGUGAAUUUGUAGUCGGGGACAAAAUGAAGGGCCCGUCCCACUUACGUGAUUUUUUCGGUGACUGCCGGCACCCGUCAUAGUCGCAGCAGGUCUCCAAACAUUUUCAACAUGCUGAAAAUCCAGCAGCG